CACUCUGACAAAGAAGCCGCCGGAUGUGACUAAGUCGAGGAAGCUGAAGACGGACCAUCUACUGAAGGUGGACGAUCAUGACUUCACCAUGAGGCCAGCUUUCGGAGGCCCUGCUAUUCCAGUCGGAGUUGACGUGCAGGUAGAAAGCUUGGACAGUAUCUCAGAAGUAGACAUGGACUUCACCAUGACCUUAUACCUUAGACACUACUGGAAGGACGAGCGUCUGUCCUUUGCCAGCACCACAAACAAAAGCAUGACCUUCGACGGCCGUUUGGUGAAGAAGAUCUGGGUACCUGACGUGUUUUUUGUGCACUCAAAGAGAUCCUUCAUCCAUGACACCACCACAGAGAACAUCAUGCUGAGGGUCUACCCGGAUGGCCAUGUUCUCUACAGCCUGAGGGUGACGGUUACAGCCGCUUGUAACAUGGACUUCAGCCGAUUUCCUCUGGACUCUCAAACCUGUUCUCUGGAGCUGGAGAGCUAUGCCUACACAGAUGAGGAUCUGAUGCUGUACUGGAAGAGCGGGGACGAGUCUCUGAGCACGGACGACAGGAUCUCCCUCUCGCAGUUUCUCAUCCAGAAGUUUCACACUACCUCUCGUCUGGCUUUCUACAGCAGCACAGGCUGGUAUAACCGCCUGUAUAUUAACUUCACUCUGAGACGCCACAUCUUCUUCUUCCUACUGCAAACCUACUUUCCAGCCACACUGAUGGUCAUGCUGUCCUGGGUUUCCUUCUGGAUCGACCGCAGGGCUGUGCCGGCCAGAGUCUCGCUCGGCAUUACCACGGUGCUCACCAUGUCAACUAUCAUCACCGGAGUGAACGCCUCCAUGCCCAGAGUCUCCUACAUCAAAGCUGUGGACAUUUACUUGUGGGUCAGCUUUGUGUUCGUCUUCCUGUCUGUGCUGGAGUACGCGGCGGUCAACUACCUAUCCACAGUGCAGGACAGAAGAGAGCGCAAAAUCAGAGAGAGAGUCAGAGAACAGUCUCUGCCCUGCACGUGUGGGAUGUCCCACACCAGGACCAUGAUGCUGGAUGGAACAUACAGCGAGGCAGACACUAACAGCUUAGCCGGCUACACCGAGGCUCCCAUGGUGCCUGAGGAGGAGCCGGAGAAACAGGAGCAUAUGGUGGUGCACCUGUCCGUCAGCAGUGAGUCCACGGCCACCAAGAAGAAGGGCAUCCGCAACUUCAGCAUCAUCCAGAACACACAUGUCAUUGACAAGUACUCCCGCAUGAUCUUUCCUGGAUCCUACAUAUUUUUUAACCUCAUAUACUGGUCAGUCUACUGCUGAUCCCACAUCCCGUCCAACACCUCCUGCAACCCGUUUGGACUUGAAGACUCGCUGACCUCAUCUGGUCAGCUUCUUUUAUGCUGACUUUUCAGUGCGCACAGGCACAUUUGCCCACAUGAGACUGAACUACAGCUGCCCUUGUGAGCUUUCACUGUGAAAACUGCGAAAAGGGGAAUUUCAGUCAAACCUUCUGCAUAAUUCAGUGGUUGAGAUGUAAACAGAGCCAUUCAGAGUG